UCGAUAUUUGUUUUGUUUACGUUUUCAAUUUUGCAACUAUUUCCGCUUUAGAAAUAGUAAAUUGAAUUAAAUAAAGUAAAAAACUAUUAAAUUCCGCCUACAGCAAGCAGCAGCAACAUGGAGAAUCUACGAAACAUUUGGAAGCCCGAGCUAUACCGGAUACAAAUGGAGGCUCCAAAGCCGAAGCGGAUCGUGUGUGAGGACUGCGCCGACCGGCCCGAGUUCUACGGCAAGGAGUACCACGGCGUGAUGGGACACAAGGAGGCCACGAGCUUGCUCGACGGCGAACCUGACGGGGCGUUUCUAAUACGAAAAGGGAACUUGAUGAAUGACUUUUUCACACUUACUUGGAGGUUCAAUGACAGAAUCCACCACUACAAACUGUACUACGACGGCACUCACUACACCAACACGAACAAGACAUACGACUGCGUGUACGACCUGGUGGCCGACGGGCUCAUCACCAUGCACAUGGAGCUGCGGGCCCGGCACAUCCUCGAGAUGAUCAACUCACGGGCCAACUAUACAGAGAGCCCGUAUAUCACACUGAACAAGAAGAAAAUGAACACUCUUACUAGGAGCAAAGUACCAUCACUAACCGGAUCUCCAGCUAUCAACAAACUCAACAACUCCACUUCAGAAGAGAAUCUCACUAAAUCUGUCAACAACCUAGACUUAACCCCAAGCUUGGAGGAUAACCCACUUCUGACCAAGUACUCCAAAAGCCAUAGCUUCAAAACUCACACAUUCAAAGGCCUAAACUGGUGUGAAUUGUGUGCCAACUUCCUUUGGGGAUUCACAGCUCAGGGAGUAAAAUGUGAAGAUUGUGGUUUCAUAGCACACACAAAAUGUUCGGAGCGGGUACCAAACCUCUGCCUGCCAGACCUCAAGAAGCUCCGUGGAGUAUUCGGCAUAGAUCUGACCACACUCCUGAAUGCCCACUCCAGCACCCUUCCCUUUGUCGUGAGGAAGUGUGUCAACGAGAUAGAAGCGAGAGGAAUGGACUCCGAGGGUAUUUACAGAGUUUCCGGGUUUGCUGAUGAAAUUGAAGCGUUGAAAAUGGCCUUUGAUAAAGACGGCGAAGCAGCGGACCUGAGCCAGUACAGCAACAUCAACGUGGUGGCGGGCACGCUGAAGCUGUACCUGCGGCUGCUGCCCGUGCCGCUGGUCACCUACGACGUGCACGCGCGCUUCGUAAGGGCCAUACAGUGCAAGACGCCCCCGGAGCAGAUCUCGGCGCUGCGCGAGUGCCUCGACCUGCUGCCGCCCGCGCACUUCAACUGUCUGCAGUACAUGAUGCAGCAUCUACACAGAGUGUCCCAACAAGCGGAGGUGAACAAGAUGAGUGCUCACAACCUGAGCACGGUGUUCGCGCCGACGCUCGUGGCGACGCCGCCCGCCAUCACCGACCUGGCGUUCGAGAUACGCGCGCUGCAGACGCUUAUUGAGAAUUGCCCGCUCAUUUACUAUGGUAACAAGUAACUUACUUGAAUUGAAUAGCAGCCAUUUUAAAAGUUGGAGAAGAAAGGAUUAUUCACGGACCUACAAUUGAAGCAAGAUACUCAAUACUCCAUCGUGUAUUGCAUCCAUAAGAUAGCGUGAAUCUAUCCGCCAUUUUCAUAUUUUCAUAGUUCGUUAUACACAAUGUAUCGUGUCCGAUUUCUCUGCUCUUUAUAGUGAUAAAUGUAUUGAUGUGAACAACC